GCUGUGGUUUUUCUUUCUCUCCAAGCACAAGGUACUCUUCUCUUGUCUCUCCCCCACCUAAAGCCCUCAUCAAAUCUCUCUAGAAACCCCAAUAAUUCCAUAUUCCCAUUUUGCCCCUGCAGUUUCUCCCCCUCAGCCAUGUUCGUGUCUAGGGUUUUAGCUCGCGUUUCGAAGGCCAUCCCCAGGAGCACGGUGUCCUUCGCUGCUCAACCCAAUCACCGAUUCCCAAUCAUUUCCAAUCAGCCGCAGCCUCUGAUUCAGGACUUGCCCAAUAAGUUGAUUCCGAGUCAGGUGUCACUGUUGCAUCAUUCAACCUCCAGUUCUUCCAUAUCUAUAUCUCAACUAUUCGGAUUCUCUUCAUCUGCAUCUCCUGAGCCUUCUGAAAGGGUUGGAAAUGGAGGUGCCGAGAAGAGUGAUGCUAAAGUUUCUGAUAGUGGGGAUACAAAAGUGGCUGAUCAAACCAAAGAAUCAGGUUCUAUUCCAGAUUCCCAGUCUACCAAUGUUAGGAGACGACGUACUCUAAGAGGAGGUACUAAACGAACUGCAUUUUCUGAUUCAGAUUCAGAUUCAGAUGGUGACUUGUCUACUGAGGAUCUGGUGAAACUUCUCACAGAGAAGGAAGAACUUCUGAAACAAAAGCAUAAAGAGAUUGAGAAGAUGCAAGAUAAAUUCCUCCGCAGUUAUGCAGAAAUGGAAAAUGUCAUGGAUAGAACAAGGCGCGAAGCAGAGAAUACGAAAAAGUUUUCCAUACAGAAUUUUGCAAAGAGUUUACUAGAUGUUGCAGACAAUUUGGGUAGAGCUGCUUCAGUUACCAAAACCGGUUUCGCAAAAAUUGAUCAAUCUAAGGAUUCGGCUGGAACUCUGCCACUUCUGAAAACUCUUCUUGAGGGAGUUGAAAUGACUGAGAAACAACUUUCGGAGGUGUUCAAAAAGUACGGUGUUGAAAAAUAUGAUCCUACAAAUGAACCAUUUGACCCACAUAGGCAUAAUGCAAUGUUCCAAAUAUCAGAUCCUUCCAAGCCUCCUGGCACUGUUGCUCAAGUUCUCAAGCCUGGAUACAUGCUGCACGAUCGAGUUAUUAGGCCGGCUGAUGUUGGUGUAACUCAAGAAGCGGAAAACAAUGCAACUGAGGAAGAUGCUGGCAAUUGAAGUUUUUGCUGCUAUAACAGAUUUCACUACGGCAUUCCAGUGUACUGAAUUACAUGACCAAAUUUUUCCAUGGGUUCAAGAAACUUGAAUGAGAUUUAAUGUUAUUCCAUGACUUGAGGUCCAACUUUAUUUCCAGUGAAGUUGUUUUUCCAUGUUUUGUAUGAGUUUUGAGUCUCUGAAUGACAGAUCAUUAGGGACCUAUCUGUGCCUUGCUUGUAAGUAGUUCUAGUUCUAUUAUGGCCUGAUUACAUGGAGCAUAGUGUUAGUUCAUACACCCAACUCCGUUGUGAAGCCAAAUUCCAUUGCAGUACCUUAAUAAAUAUGGAUGCUGGUGCUUGCUCUGA